AACCUCUUCGGACCUCUCGGCCACAAGAUGGGCCGCUGGUUGGCCGCCUGCUCUGGACUGCUCAUCAUUGGAAUCUGCCUCAUAUUGAUCCCCAUGGCCCGUAAACUGGAGCACCUCAUCAUUCCCAACGCUGGGCUGGGCUUCGCCAUCGGCAUGGUGGAUUCGUCCAUGAUGCCGGAGCUAGGUUUCCUCGUGGACAUCCGCCACGCAGCGGUCUACGGUUCCGUGUACGCCAUUGGUGAUACUGCGUUCUGCUUGGGAUAUGCUGUUGGACCUGCAUUCUCUGGAGCCCUAGUCAACAGCAUCGGCUUCGAAUGGAUGCUAGUCAUCAUUGCAAUCCUGAACUUCGCGUAUGCUCCGUUCCUUCUUCUGCUGAGGUCACCGCCAGCGAGGGAUGAGAAACAGAGCUUGAUCAUCAGCGACAAGUCAUCGGUACGCUACGUCAGCUACCAAAACGAGGAAGAAGAAUAAAGCCCGCCAAAACCGCCGCCAUCUUGGAUACCGCCGUAAUGUCAUUUUCUUUUUUAUUGUCUUUGGAGUGGUGUUACUGUACAAAAAUAAUGAGGUUUGCUUAGCAAAUAUAAUAAUAAAUAGCGACGUCUAAGGAGUGUACAACCUGCUGUAGUGUUGCCAAAAUAUAUUCAACGAUAUUAUAAUAUAUUUAUUGAUUAUGGCAAUAUAGAAUAUAAUUGGUAACAUAAAAGUUUAAGAAGCUUGUAACUAGUGAGGAAAGCAUAUAUUAUACACAUAUUAUAAUAUAAUAUUAAUAUUAUAUAUUUACAUUAUACUGUAGGUAUUGCCCAAAUAUUCAUAUAUUUGCUAAUCUUAUAUUAUUAUACGACUUUAGAAAUCUUCUCUGAAAUAUACCAUUAUGACCAAUUUACCUGUGACCUGUCUAUAUUUUCAAGCAUAUAGCAUAUUAUUAUACAUCCCAUAGACUACCAAGUUAUUAAUAUCAUAAUUGUGUAAUUAGGAAUCACAAUUGAUGUAGUACUUUUAUCUCUUUACUAUUGCAAAUAUACCUACUUGCAUAUCUUCAUAACACUACGUAAACCUUUUCUAUGUAGAAACUAAAUUGUGAUUCCAAUAAAUAUACAUAAUGUCGCCACUUAGUCAGGGUGUAUCGUAGGAAUGAAAUAAUACAGAACAUAUCUAUAUUUACCCACAUAUUUUACAUAUAAUGUUAUUUAAUAUCUUUCUUUUCUUGUAAGAAUAUCUUGCAAAAUAUUAUAUGUU